GCGGAUUUUCAAGAGUUCAAGAUGAUGGUUAACCAUGCACCGCUGGAGGUGAAAAACGUUGACCUGUGUGAAAGGGAAAACGCGAAGCCCCAUCGCACCGAUCUCUAUGAACUUGUCACCAUGGACCCUCCGACGCCGGUUCUACGACGUGGCCAAUCAUUCAAACUAAAAUUAGACCUUGACCGUCCAUUCGUUGAAGGAUCGGACAUCGUUCGUAUUGUAUUCAGCUUUGGGUCUUAUCCUAAUGUGAUGAGACAUACCAAAGGAAUUGCCACCGUUGCUAAGAAAACUUCUCUUUCGGCUAAUUCUGAGAUCUGGCAAGCCAUCGCAACCGAUUUCAGUUCAAAAAAUGUCUCAAUCGAGGUUCGAAGUCCGGCGAACUGUCCGGUCGGAUUUUGGAAACUCAAAAUAUAUACGACUGUAUUGGGCCACGUGGAAACCACCGAGACUUACGACGUAGACAGCGACAUCUAUCUGCUGUUCAAUCCAUGGGUGAAGGAGGAUCUUGUUUACAUGGAAAACAAAAAACUACUCGAAGAAUACGUGAUGACAGAGAUGGGCAAGAUCUGGAUGGGAACCGAAAGAUAUCCCGAUGGCAGAGCAUGGUUUUAUGGUCAAUUCGACGACUGCGUUCUCCCGGCGUGUGAAUUGAUGCUGAAGAGAUCAGGAAUCAGUGACGCAUCUCGAGGAGACCCGAUCAAAAUGUCCAGAGCAAUAUCCAGAAUCGUCAACUCCUUGGACGAUAACGGAGUUGUAUGGGGUCGGUGGGUUAAUAAAUACGAAGACGGUGUCAAUCCUUCCGCGUGGACAGGCAGUGUCCCGAUCUUGGAAAGGUUUCUGAAAACCGGACAACCUGUUCGUUAUGGUCAAUGCUGGGUAUUCUCAGGAGUUGUGACGACCGUCUGCAGAGCAUUGGGAUUGCCUGCAAGAUCCGUCACGAAUAUGAGCUCAGCGCACGACUGCGACAAAACAUUGUCCAUCGACUGGUACUACGACAGCAACCACAAGUCGUUGGAUAAAGAUCCGGAAACUGAGAAAGAAUUCGAGGACUCGAUCUGGAACUUUCACGUCUGGAACGACGUCUGGAUGGCCAGGCCAGAUCUGCCCAAGGGUUACGGUGGGUGGCAAGCCGUUGAUGCCACACCUCAGGAGAUAUCUGAUGGCAUGUACCAAUGUGGUCCAGCCUCCGUCGAGGCGAUCAGGCAAGGCGCCGUGGGCUUCAAUUAUGACAUUUCCUUCAUGGUAUCCACCGUCAAUGCUGACAUUAUGCAUUGGAUAGAAGACAAGCAAAGUGAAUCUGGAUGGAGGAGAAUCAAGUGCUCCAAGGAUGGAGUUGGACGUCUGAUCGUAACCAAAGCGCCUUUUAGGUUGGAUGAAUAUGGUAAUAGUGACUUAGAGGAUAUCACAUCUUCUUACAAAGCUAGAGAGGGCACACAGGAGGAGCGGUUAAAUCUGUACCGAGCUGCGCGUAGUUUGAAUGGUGCGAGGACUCAUUACGCGAUUCCUAAGUACAUUGGAGAAGAUUGUGAAUUCGAUCUGGUUGAUCUCGAUACAGUGAAGAUCGGAGAACCUUUUUCACUCCGGGUCACCGUAAAGAAUAAUUCUCACGAGCGUCGAACCUUCCGUGGAAACUUGACAGUCAAAAGCGUGUACUACAACGGUAAUCCAGGAAACAUGGUGAUAUCAUCGCCUGUAGACCUUACCGUUUAUCCCAAAGAUCGUAAGUUGAAUUAAAAUACUUUGGAGAUGGCCUUAUGGAC